AUUAAUUGAAUUAGAGCGGCGUCACUACAGAGAUAACCAGGGCGUGAAGAACUAGGGCGGCGUUCAACACCACCGAUGGCAGAAAAAGAUGUGAACCCUAAAGCUUAUCCAUUGGCCGGGGCAGAACUCACCAUAGUUAUACAUGACUUGGUAGCACAAGCUGCCAACUAUAAGCAGCUUAAGAAGGGUGCUAAUGAAGCUACUAAGACACUAAACAGGGGAAUUUCUGAGUUUAUUGUGAUGGCUGCUGAUACUGAACCACUUGAAAUUCUUCUUCACCUUCCACUUCUUGCUGAGGAUAAGAAUGUCCCCUAUGUGUUUGUUAAAUCCAAAGAAGCUCUUGGCCGAGCUUGUGGCGUUACUCGACCAGUGAUUGCUUGUUCGGUUACAAGCAAUGAGGGAAGCCAGUUGAAAGCUCAAAUAACUGAACUUAAGAAUGCCAUUGAGAAGCUUCUCAUAUGAAUGCCUAGUAACUUCAGCAUGAUGGGCCUCAUGGAUUGAUUCUCAACAGAAUUAGCUGAGGCUUUGACUGGACAAGUUGUUUAUUCAACAUUACUCUUGUGUGUUUGUUUGUUUAUUUGUUUAAUUUACUCCAUGUUAAGAAAGAUUGAUAAUCAUGUAGUUUCUUCCUGAGUUCCUGUCAUUCUGUAUUUGUUUUCAACGGUUAUUGUUAUUGUUUUUUCUUUUAUAAUGUUCUGCAUUUAUUAACCAAAAAACAUCCUUUGCCUUCCCUUUCUAUUGAUCUGAAAAAUUGUGAGA